UAGAAAUUGACUUCCGCUGGCGGCGCCAGCGGCGCAUGUCAGUUUUCAUCGGCAGUUCGCUGUGGUUGCUCGCAUGGGUUUCACUGCAGUGUUUCUCCAUUCAGCCGGUGUUCUGUAGUUUCUACGCGUACGGUACAACCCAUUCAUCGAAGUUUGAAGUAAGAACGCCGGAUCGCGUCUUUGCAAGGACACUGUCACGCUCAUCCCACCGAGCGCGGCCGUACCUCUUGUCGCCGGGGGAAAACACGGAUUUCUUCGAAGCCGGGAAUAUGGCUGCCGAAUACAGCUUGGACCUUUCAUCCCACUGGAUCGUGGAGUCUGCGACUCUCUUCUACUACUCCAACCCGCGAGUAGCCCUUUUCCUGAGUCUAGGCGUUGCAUUCCUGCUUUACUACCUCACCACGGUUACUCGUAAGCCUACCUUGGUUGCGAAAGAAAAUGGGAAGUUCCAGAGGUUCUUACUCGAGAACUGUCCCACCCUCCACGAACGUUACUGGCCAACGCCAUGGUGCCUGAGCACUCAUAUGAUGACAGCGGCUGCCAACUUCAUGAGAAGCAGAGUGCCGAAACUGCCCUACCAGCGUGAAAUUGUCGAACUCUCUGACGGAGGUGUCGUAUCGCUCGACUGGCUGGACGGGGGCAGCGGGCACCAGCCGAUCGCGUUUUUUAUGCCGGGUCUCACGGGAUGUAGUCAAGCUGAAUAUAUUAGAUCUAUCGUUCCCGUUGCCGCACGCUUAGGUUGCCGGUGUGUCGUUUUCAAUAACCGCGGCCGCGGUGGCCUUGGACUGCGGACGCCCAAAAUGUAUUGCGCUCUCAGCACGGGCGAUCUAAGAGAAGUCCUCGAGCACGUCAAGCGAAAGUACCCAGAGUCGCCCAUCAUUGCAACGGGAAUAUCGUUGGGAGGCAUGAUUAUGGGACAUUAUCUCUGCGAAACCAAGGAUCAGGCACUCGUCAGUGCGGUUAUGCUCAUUUCGACGGUGUAUGACGUCCACCGUGGCACGACAAGCAUGGAAACCACAGGAUUGAACAUGAUUUUAAACCGGCAUCUCGCUCGAAGCUUGUGCGGAGUGGUCGAACCUCACAAGCACCUCUUCAUCAACGGACUCAACAUGGACCGCGUACUCCAGAGCCGCACGAUAAGAGAAUUUGAUGAGCACUUCACGAGCAAGCUGUUUGGAUUCGGCACGGCUGAGAAGUACUACACCGAUGCCUCCCUCCUCGGAAAGUUGGGGUCGGGGGUGAAAGUCCCAACGCUGUGUGUUGCCGCGGCGGACGAUAUGAUGGCCCCCGCGGAUGCACUGCCCGAAGCAGAGGCUGCAGAAAGUGAUUAUCUUGCACUGGUGGUCACAUCUAGAGGGGGUCAUAUCGGCUUCAUGGAGGGGCUACUGCCGCAGUUGCCCUUCUUUACAGAAAGGCUCUACGAACAAUAUGUAGGAGCUCUGAUCGGGAAGCUCGAUGGGGGAAAGUUGGCGCUACAGAUCAAAGAAUGAGAGCUGGGGGGGACACCGAGAGGGACGUGGUCCCUUUAGAGACUGAAUCUCUGCUUUAAAUGGUGUGCCUGGUAAAGUUGUCGACAGAUUUUUCUCACAAAUCUUACAUCUGCCAGUCACUGGGCCCAAAACUGACCAAGCAGCAAGUGACAUUUAUGGCAAAAUUUAUGGGCAGGAAUACAAUAUAGCCCUGCAAAGGUGCCCAACUUAAAGUUAAAAAUGUAUAUCUUUCAUUGCAAGAGUGAAAAAUUGUCAAAUAAUGUGGUUUGUCAUGCACAUGUAUACGCUUCAUUUUGGAAACCAACUGUGCAUGUUUAUACAUAAAUAACUUGCACGUUUGUAUGACGUGAAAAUCUGUUCACUCCUUUCCAUGGCACAGCUAAGUUAUCUUCAUUCCUUUAGUUUCUGUUGAUGAUGCUGUCAUGCUCAAACAUUCCAGAUCAUGUCAUUCUUCCUGAUGUUAAGAAAAAAAAUGAGCAGCUUUUUUGGUUAACGUGUCAACUUUGAUUGUUUACGCAAGCCAACGGAGUAUAGGUAGGUUGGAGUAUAGGUUUUAUGCGAAGCAGAUUUUAUGUCACAAUUGCUGUGCAGAAGUUUCAGCACAGUGUUGACAUUUCACACGGUUUUCUUUUUGUUUUUCACGCGUGACAAGCCAUGUUGUUUACGUACAAGCUGUGCACUUCGAAACACAAUGUGCUGCUCAUUUCGUGGGGAUCUUCAGAGUAGAGGUUCACACAAGUCUAGUCCAUUCUACGACUUAGGUAGGUCUAGAUUUAUCCAGGGCAGACAGUGUCAUUUGUAGGUAGGUAGGUAGGCACACGUUGCGAACUUACAUCGAAGGACAAGGAACGGUUGGACAGGCUACGGUUGUGAUAGGUUAUUUUUGUACGUUGUCCACAUUGAAAGUGAAAGCUCCAUUAUUUUUUAAGCACCUGCGAGGACCUUUAUAUAGGUAUUGUUGUCUAUCCAUGCCUGCGGACAGUGAGGGGUCAAUAACUCAUGCAUGCGUGCCGGGAAGACGUGGUAUAGCUGCAGGAAGACGCAGAGUGCAUUCCACAUAGAGUUGAUUCAAUAUAUAGCUGAUUCCGUGCGAGGAGACAAUGUUUAUGCGAUUGCAGCUUGUGUGUGCAGGUAAUCCGGUUGAGACUGUAGUGCUCCCAAUAAGAGAAGUAUCUGCUUCGCAUUUAUUUUGUUUGUGUUUGUGGGCAUUAAAUAUGUGCGUUCAUAUGCAAGCGACGCUUGGCAAACUGCCAAAUAUCUGUGAUGGCCAAAGCAUGCGUUUCUUGAAGGUCUGCUCCCAUGUGUGCAGUGAUGCCCACAUACAGAGGCUGUUUUGUACAUUUUUUUUUUUUACGUGUUACAAUUUCUUCACGUUGGUCCUGGAUAGGUCACAUUACUGCUGAACUUUUGAUGUGUUUAUACCCAACAUUCUUAAGUUAAGUGACAUUGACUGAAAAAGAAAAAGAUAAUAUUAAUGUUUUAUAUAGUUAAUGCUAAUACAUUGGUAUCAAGACAGUUAAGCAUGCAUAUGGAAUAUGUGUAAUGGCUGGAUCAUGUCAGGUAGUGCAUACUUGUCUGCAACUUUAGCCUUUAAUAAAAUAAGAUUUUGGCCACCUUAUCCAAGGCUACAAGGGCUAAAACUUAACUUCUAAUUCUAGCAAAAAGUAAUAACUGAAGACAGUGAAGAGUCAUUCUUUUUGACAAAAUGAUAUCAAAUGUGUCCCACAGGCUGUUGGUAAAUGCUCUGACCACUAUCCUGCCUCAGUAUUGCAAGUGAAGAAACAGUGACUGAUUUCUCACGUUUCUCAUGUUCAUUUAUCUAUCUAUUCUAAGUAAUUCGUGCUCGUAAUUCAAAACAUGCCUCCAUGCUCUGUGAUGAUUUGGUUUCGAAAAUCAUGCAAGCAACUGACACGGGAUGUACUCCUGAGAUUCACCUGUUCGAUUCUCUCUCUCUCUGUGCUGGACGCAAAACUGAGAUUAUUUAAGAAUAUGCUAAUGUGGGUGGCUACAGCGCAUGUGUUUCCACAUGGCAUGUGCACGCUGCUGUGUGUCAUCUAUCGCUGAUAAUAUGGAAUAAAUUAGCGAUUGUGACUCAAU